AUGGCAGCCAAAUCAGAAGAAAGUUCAAAGCAGGCAAGCAGUAGUAACGAGGGAGAUAACAAUCCGACCGUGACCAAGAAGAACAUUGGAGAUGGAGUCGUACUACCAAAUGAUGAUAGGGCCAACAAGGGGAACAUGGCCGCCGAAAAGGUGCUGUCGGUGUCGGCGAACCUGGCGAAGCUGCUGCCGUCGGGGGCGGUGCUCGUGUACCAGACGCUGUCGGCAUCCUUCACCAACCAGGGCUCCUGCAACACCGCCAACAAGUGGCUCAGCGCCCUGCUCGUCGGCUUCCUCAGCGCCGCCUGCAUCUUCCUCACCUUCACCGACAGCAUCGUCCACGACAACAAGAUCUACUACGGCGUCGCCCUCGCCGGGCGGCUCAAGAUCUUCGCCCUGUCCCGGACGGAGGAGAAGCGGUUGCUCAGGGCCCUCAAGAAGGACCUCGUGGAGCGGCGCCUCAAGACGCUGGACUGGGUUCACGCCUUCUUCACGGCCAUCGUCUUCCUCUCCAUAGCCAUGGGCGACGUCGGGCUCCAGAAAUGCUUCUUCCCGGACCUGGAUAGCGACCACAUGAAGAACGUCAAGGAGCUGCUGAGGAACGCGCCGCUGGGGCUGGCACUACUGUCCAGCUUCGUGUUCAUGAUCUUCCCCACCACAAGGCACGGCGUCGGCUUCGACAAUGGCGACCGCGGCACCACGGGAGAGCAGGAGAAGAAGGAUGGCGCAGAGGCCGCGGCUAAAUCAAAAUCCGUGAACGACCUAGAAGCACCGGUUUCCAAGCAACAGAAGUGA